GAAACUCCGUCAACUGUUGGAGAGGUUUUUUGAAGAGAAAACUACAAUUCCCUCAGAGCUCCUCGAAAGUGCUGCUUGUCAAUAUGGCUGUUGUCAGACAGACAAAGCGGAGAGGCAAAUAAUUCGCCUCUGAUUAGAAAUCCUUGGGAAAAAAAGAGUCGAACGGGGCACUGACAUCAAACUGCGUUAUUACCGGGCCUCGGUUUAAGUCGAGGUGAUCUUUUGAUCGUUUCUUCAAGUUAGAUGGUGAAGUGGACAAUAUAAACAGAGUUCAGCAUCAGGAUGUCUGACUUCAGCGAGGAACCUCGCUUCACUAUCGAGCAGAUAGAUCUGCUGCAGCGGCUGCGCCGCUCCGGCAUGACCAAGCAGGAGAUCCUGCAUGCGCUGGAAACUCUGGACCGGCUGGACCGGGAGCACGGCGACAAGUUCGGUCGCCGCACCUCAUCCUCCUCCUCUUCCUCCUCCGCCUACAUGGUAGGCGGGACAAACAGCUGCACCAACAACUCUGCCUCCAACAACACUGCCUCCGCAACCACCACCUCUUCCGUGACGUGCAACGGCGCCAUCAACAAUGGCGAAGACGGCGUCGGCGACCACUCCGCAACCACUGCCUCCUCUACGACCUCCAAGAUAUCCACAGCCACGCAGACGCAGUUUGGCAGCAACGGCGGGGGGCUCUCGCCCUCUCUUAGUAACAACUAUGACACCUCCCCACCUCCAGCGCCGCCGCCACCCUCCACCAUCUUGCCCUCACCUGUCUCACUGGUGGCGUUGUCACAGAAUGGGCGUGACAGUCUAGCUGCCACACCCAACGGAAAGCUGUCUCCUCCUCGCUACCCUGUCAACAGCGCCGCAGCAGUAAGAACCUUUGGGUUCGAGCCUAUAGAAGAGGACCUUGAUGUUGACGAUAAAGUGGAGGAGCUGAUGAGGAGGGAUAGCAGCAUGGUAAAAGAGGAGAUUAAAGCCUUUCUGGGGAACCGCCGGAUCUCGCAGGCUGUGGUGGCACAAGUCACUGGCAUCAGCCAGAGCAGAAUCUCCCAUUGGCUGCUGCAGCAUGGCUCCGAUCUGAGUGAGCAGAAGAAGAGGGCCUUCUACCGUUGGUACGCGCUGGAGAAAACGACACCAGGUGCCACUCUGAACAUGCGGCCGGCGCCAUUGCCUCUGGAGGAGAUGGAGUGGAGGCAAACUCCUCCUCCACUGGCCACAGCCCCGGGAACUUUCCGACUUCGGCGGGGAAGCCGCUUCACUUGGAGGAAGGAGUGUCUGGCUGUGAUGGAGAGCUACUUCAACGACAACCAGUACCCAGAUGAAGCCAAAAGGGAGGAAAUUGCCAACGCCUGUAAUGCUGUUAUUCAGAAACCAGGGAAGAAGCUAUCUGAUUUGGAGAGGGUCACUUCCCUCAAAGUUUACAACUGGUUCGCGAACCGCCGCAAAGAAAUCAAGAGGCGAGCUAACAUUGAAGCCACAAUCCUGGAGAGUCAUGGGAUAGACGUGCAGAGUCCAGGAGGACACUCCAACAGUGACGACAUUGACGGGAACGAUUUCACAGACCAGGCAUGUGAUCUGCCAUAUUUUGACAAGAGACCUCUCAGCCGACAAUUUGGCCUUUACCGCUUGGAGCCCAGCUCCCCUACACAGGAUGACAACGCCGCUCACAGCGAGCACCAGGAUCCCAUCUCCUUGGCUGUGGAGAUGGCCGCAGUCAAUCACACCAUCUUGGCCCUGUCUAGAACCGGAGGGGUUCCCAGUGACAUCAAGACAGAAGUCCUGGAGGACGACUGAACGGCGAGAGGGGAGGAAGCAACAAGAAGCCAAAGGGAAGGAGGAAUUUUAAGGUGCAUUUUCCAGCGCAGGGACCUUACCUGGAAACUAGGAGCUUUUAGAGGACCCUUGUGUGUUUGGAUAUAUCUAAGUUCAGUUCAUUGCUAGAAGAAGACCCCUACUUAGAGGUAUUACAUACUUCAGGUUUAAAGACAAAAAAGUUCCUGGGCCUCGUAAAAGUACUUUCUAAAAAAUCCAGGAACAGAAUUUAGGAUAUGGUUCCCAUGGUCCAAACACGCAACGUUCCUCCAAGAGUUCCUAAUUCCAGGGUGUUCCUUGUUCCUUCCGAGACCUUAUUCCUUCCAAAACCGAACCGACAUGACUGAUCGUCUCAACUUCCUGAUGUAUUAACUAAUCGUACAACUAAAGAAAAAGGAUACUACCAUCCCUGAAAAAAAGAUAACGUAGAAGUCCUGGCCUUUUCUCACAACCAAGUUCCAGUUGUUUCCCGUCCUCUUCGUCCCUGAACACUCUCCUCUUCUUUUCCUCCCCCACACUCCUCCUUACCUCUUGCAGCCUGGUCGCCUGAGCCAAUCCUCACUCAGUCUCACUCAACCUCAGAGACAUACUCAAUAAAUGUGUACUGUAUAUAUGAUAGAUAGGUUCUUCUAGUUCUCAGUCACCCGAACCUACUGGUGUUCUACCUACCUACUCUCGCAACUCACCCUUGUUAUUGUGCAAUUAACGACAGGAGAAGCCUCUGGAUGAUGUCUUGUGGAGAGCGUCUCCUCUGUUAGAGUAAAUUCGAUUGGCAGUUUCUUUACCGGCCAUCCCAACGCUCUGAAUGUUCUCAGCUUCUCGCCGGAUGGAAUCGAUGCGGUUUUCUGCUAUCAAAUGCAAACCUGAAGAUGGUUAGCCUUAAGUUCAAACACGCUCACUACAGGACGGCUUUGCAUGUCAGGAAUCACGAAACGUAUUUUACAAUGAUAUAUUUUUUUUAAGUUUCCAUUCUGCAGCAGAAAGUCAACAAUCAUUGUGAUAUUUAGCUCGUUGAUGAAUUAAGUGCUUGAGGCAAUGAAGAAUCAGUUAAUGUGAUAUUCAAGCAAACGUAAGCUAUCUACUAAUGGAAUUUGUGCUUUUAUGUUAACGCCAUCCAUGCCAAAGGAAAAGAUGCUGUGAUGAGGUUGACUCAAAGUCGCCUCUCGGCACCACAGACUGGUCUCUUCAUGGACAUCUAAAGCCAUUUCUUAGAAUGGAUUUGGCAUAUGUGUUCUUGGGCCAGUUUGACCCAAAUAGGGCAAGUUGUAAUGCUUGCUGGCAGAGGCUGGAUGUAUAAGCGUGACUUGUCCACCUCUAUAAUGGCCAAAAGAAUGUGAUAGGAGCUUCUUUUUUUUUUUUUUUUUUUUAAUAAUUAAGUACAGCAAACUAAAACCCUACGUGGAAUUGGUUUGGUCUUUGCCAAUGUAAUUAGCUCAAAGGUUAAACCACCACUUUUAAAUGCAGGUUUUUCUCACUGUGCGUAGCUCUCUCUCUAAAAAGGACAAAAGUGUCAUUUCUUUGAUGACGCGGCAACUUUUCAGUCACACUGAGCUUGGCACUUUUUGACCAAAGGAAUAGAUUUACAUCACGGGAAAAUGCUUAUUUGUGUUAUUUUGUUUCACACAAAAUGAGUGGAACAUCAUUUGCUCUAAAUGUUCUUAUAUUCACAGUGGAAAGUGAUUUAUUCUUUUUCUCAAGAGGAAUUCAUAGAACCGAAAAUAGUAACAAAUAAAUGUAGCUUAUUAAAAUGACUAAAUUAAUGUACAUCGACAACGUUUAAAAAAUGUUUGAACAUUUGGGGACAUUUAAAAACAGGACAAAAAUUCAUUUAGGUUAAUUGUUGAAUUAUCCUUGUUAACAUAACACUUAAACCCAUUUUCCCAGUGUAAAACUAUUGCUUAUCAAGAGGCCCAGGAAAAGAAUAUGUGAUGAAAUAAUAGUUAUAUUUGGGAACUGUCGAAAUGAACUGAUUUGGACGCAUCACAUUCUGUGUUUUUAAUGACAACAUCAAAAGUGUUUAUCAAAGCUCCCUUUCAUGCAUUUCAAAAAGGAUUUAAAAAGGAUUUUAAGGUUAAAAAAAAAAAGUAUUUAUACUCAUUUUUAUGGCUAAUGUACAAAGUGUUUUGAAAAGAAUCAUGCUUGUUGUUAAAUUAAGCCUUUUUAAGUUCACCAGAUUUUUUUUACAUGUAUUUUCUAUUGUGUCAUUCAUUUUUAGACUGAAUGGCAGUCUUCCUGUUUGUGUCUGAUUUAUGUUGUGAAAGACAAAUAACAAUGCACCUUACGAGGAAAAUGUUAAGCUUUUGACUUCAACUUGAUGUGAUCUUGUCCCUUCCCCUGAAGCCAGACUGCAUUGUGAAAUGAGAGCGUUUGGAUGUUUCCUAUUGUGGGAGCACUGGCACAGAAAAAAAAAAAUCACUGAAAUAUUAGGGCAAUAGUCCGGUUCAAGUAUUUGAACCCUCCUUCCCGGUUUUGCCUUGAGACCACCACAAUGGAUUUGAAAUAAAACAAGAUGUGAUUGAAUUCUAGACCUAAAGAUCCUGUUGAACGUAAUCCAAUCACAUCAUGUUUUUCCAAAUCCAUUUGACUGUCAUUAGUUUUUCCAAACCCAAGAGUGCAAAAUGAUAAAAUCGUUACCGUUGAGGAAAAAAAAUCGCCAUGUACUUGUGCAAGAUGACUUUGGCACACUUAAAAAAAAAAAGAUAUAAAGCUCACUUUCUUUGCCAUGCACACAAGAGUGCAUCUGGAGAUUCUCACUUGAAGCUGCUUUCAAAUAAAUUGUUUAUAUUGUUUCAGAGAUUAAAUAGCAGUACCAAUUCAUAUCCAACAGUAUUUAACCUGAGUGUUCGGGAUGGACGAAAUGAGUGCUCAAGGACUGAAUCGGAUGUAUUUCAUUUCCAGUAAGGUGGCUGUUCUGAAACCGAGGCUGUAACCCUGACGCUGAUAUCUCCCCCCCCCCCCCCCCCCCCACACACACACACAAAAAAAAAUCCCCAGCAUCAAUACGUACUCCAGUCGUAGUGCUUCUUCUCCAGGGAUGUCCUCUCGUGGUAAGUCAGGGUUUCCAUGUUACAGGUCCCUCCUCCGUGUCCCCUGUAUAACGCCUCAUCCAAAUAUAGCUCAGAAAAAGAGGACUGAAUGCUGUUGUUUCAAUCUCGAAAGCUAUGUUAUGUUCAAUUUUAUUGUAUUGCCCAUUUUGAAAUUUAGUGCCUUUUUUGGACAGUAGACUGUUCUGUAAUUAAGAUGUAGUAUAUAUACAUUUUUGUACAGUUUCUUUGUUCAUUUUUUUUAACUUGUGUUUAUUUUUAGUAUGAUAUAUAUACUGUACAAGAGAAUAAAGCUAUAUCACAGAAA